CCUGCUGGACACCUCUUUGGUGGAAUUAAGGUACUGCAUUAAAAAUAUUAACUAUGGUUGCAAACUGGUUACUAAGAUCAGCAAAACUCCACGAUUUAAAAACUUGCACUCUAAUCUUCAAUUUUCAGGGAAAUACUUUAAUAAGGGUACAACGAGCCUUUGAUCACAGCUCUUCUAGCAAAAUGCCAUCACCCUUCUCAACGCUUUUUGGUGGACAGUCAGCGGCCUCAAGACAAUCAGAAAGCUCAGUUGCAGGCCUCAGCUCAAAUGAAGGGUCAUCAGAGCAGCUCCCAAUGGACUACGACGCCAAGAUCAAAGAACUGUCAGAGGAUAUAGAGGGGAUUAAGAAAACAACUCUAACAAUCAAUCAAAAGUUGGACCAAGUAUUGGAAUUGUUGGUGAAAGGGGCGCCGUCUGGUACAGAUAUUUCCAAUGCUGUAACAUUGGAUGAGGAGGACACGACUGAACCAAAACUCUCCAUCCAAGAAGGACAUGUGCACCUUGGGGGUCCCCGCACUCUCAGGAGGACAUGGGCAGAGAGUAUUGUGAGCAGCAACAAGAGCACACUUCAAUGGAAAGUGAGGCAGCUGGUUGAGAAACUCUAUGACCACGAACUUAAGACUAUACCAGUCGUCAGGUAUUAUCUGGAGUUGCCGAUCAAAGAAGCCGACCAAACUCCUGAAGAUGCGCUCUUCCCUGAUUCCUGCAUUCAAGGACUUUGUAGUAAGUAUUUAAUGUUGUUCUCACUUUUAUGAUCAUUACAGUAUUUAAUUUAAUACAAUUUUUCUGUUUCAGACUUCAUUAACUUAACUAAUGAAAAUAAUGCAAAGUCAGUCUUUCUAAAAGAGAAACAGAAGCUAAAAGUGAUAAAGAAUGAAGAAGAACGACUGGAAAAGAUAGAAGAGCUUAAAGUCACCAUACUUGGCUCGAUAGAGCGCCUGACAAUUGUUGAUAUCAGAAAGGUGUUGACUA